ACCCCUUUCCGAACGACAAAACCCACAAACCCAAACGACGAAACUGCGAUUCAAGAAAUGCAAAUGCUACAACGUCGAACUAGGUGGAGAAAAACGAGACCCUUUUGAUUGGUUUUGCGAGUGUGAAAAUGGGUUCAAUCUGAAAUUCUCGCGUCCGAGAUGUCGAAGCUGCUGUCGAGAAUUGCUGGGUUCUUCAGCAGCCGGACAAUGGUGGGUGCAGACAAAGUUGGGAAUCGGUAUUUCAUCAGAAAAGAAGAGGUCGAUGGUAUCAUGAAAGAGAAAAGAUGGGUUGUGUUCAAAGGGGAAAAGGAUCCUACCUCCAUUCCAGUUGAAUGGAUAUGCUGGCUGAACGGGCAGCGGAAGGUAGCUCCCACGCCAGAGGAAAUGAUUGAGCUGGAAGCUAGGCGUGAACGUGUUAGAUUGAAUGUUGCUCUUCUGAAGGAGGAAGAGGAGAGAAAGGCCAAAGAAGGCAGUACUCGCAAGGUGGUGAAGACUGGUAAAGUUGGAGGUCCAGAUUUGAAAAGUUUCAUUCGGCAAUUCCCAGCUACUUCGGAAGGUGACAAAAUGGAAGAAGCAUCUGAUGCCGUGGAUGACAUGAGGAACCCCAAAGAAACCGACACAGCAGAGCCCACAGGAACUGGGGCAUCCUUCAAGCCCGGAACAUGGCAGCCUCCAACAUGAGGACGAUACCAAGUUACAUGGGCUUCAUCAACGCUAAUCCCUUUGGGCAUCACUGUUAUUGUUCUAGUUUUCCACCCUUAGCCUACUGCAUCAUUGAAAAUCACAUCAGUGGAGUAAGCUAUUGUUGUGGAGCCACAGCACAAUCACAUUCUUUAUUACGUCUCUCUCGUCUGAAACAGCUUCCUCAGGGGCUCUUAUUCAAUGCCCAUGUAAACUUCUACAGAAUGUUUUGUUUCCUCACUUGACCAUCAUCAUCAAAAUAAAAUAAUAUACUCUUGAAGAAAUGAUUCUUAAA